AUGGAUAAGAUCAAGGCAAUCUUUCACGGCACUACACCACAAUAUGAGAAGGAGGUAAAGGAAGAGAAGAAAGCCGAAAAGGCAGAGGCAAAGCAAGAGAAGAAGGCGGAAAAGGUCGAGGAGAAAGAGGAGAAGAAGGCUGAAAAGCAUGGUUCACUGUCACACACCGGCGAAGCAAGCCAUGUCGGAAAUGAUUCCCAUUCUACGACUCAUCCAACGACUAAUACCACACACACAUCCAAUACCUCUCACAUGAAUCCCACACCUGCUGGCGUAAGUCAUACAUCAGGAGGACUUGACCAAAACAACGUUGGAAGUCACGGCAAUCAUCACCUUGGCAGAGAUGCAGCUCUCGGAAGUGGAGCAGUAGGUGCUGCUGGUUUGGCAGAACAUGAACACCGAAAGCAUGAAAAUACAGGUCUUGGUUCAAAUCAAACCCAUGGACAUACUGAGGGUUCCCAUGGACCUCAUAACUCCGCUGCAUUAAAUGCCGCCGACCCAAGAGUCGAUUCUGACUUGGAUGGAAACCGCCUCCCUAAUAAGACUUCUUCGGGAUAUGGUACUAAGGACGCUUAUGGCACAACUGAGUCCGGCUCUUCGGGACAUCAUUUGGGUCGUGAUGCUGCCGCACUUGGUGCAGCAGGAGCUGUUGGGGAGGGCAUCCACCACAACAAUCACCACAACAACCAACACACUCAAGAUGGUCUUGGGGGAAGUCAAGGACCUCACAGCACGGCGACCGCGAAUCGUUUGGACCCUAAUUUGAGUAGUUCCGGAGUCCCAACUGAGGAUUCUCACACUCAUUACGGCCACGGAGCUAACUCUCGACUCGGCGUUGAGGGCGGUGGAGCUGAACAGGCUGAUGGUGUUCACGGUGCUACAGGUACCUCAGCUGGUGCUGGCGUAGUUCCUGUUGGAGCAUACGAAUCUGGCCAUGGACAGCAUACCAAUGCUGGACCACACUCAUCUAACUUGGCCAACAAGGCGGAUCCAAGAGUUGAUAGCGAUCUAUCCAAGCAACAAAAUCAUCACUAUGGACGUGAUGCCGCCGUUGCUGCCGGUGUCGGUGGAGCUGCAUAUGAAGCCAACAAACAUCAUCACAACAGUGCAAACACUACUACUGGUCCUCACUCUUCCAACCUUGAAAACAAGGUAGACCCAAGAGUGGAUAGCGAUCUGUCCAAGCAAAACAAUCACCAUUACGGACGUGACACCGCUGUUGCUGGAGGUCUUGGUGGAGCUGCAUAUGAAGCUAACAAGCAUCACCAUAACAAUACAAACACUACUACAGGUCCUCACUCUUCAAAUCUGGAGAAUAAGGUAGACCCAAGAGUGGAUAGCGAUCCUUCAAAUCAACACAACCAUCAUUAUGGACGCGAUGCGGCCGUCGCUGGGGGUCUUGGCGGAGCUGCAUAUGAAGUCAACAAACAUCAUCACAACAACAACGGAACCACAAACACCACUGCCGGGCCUCACUCUUCAACCCUUGAGAACAAAGUAGAUCCACGGGUUAACAGUGACAACUCCAGGGAGGGACAUCACUAUGGCAGAGAUGUCGCUCUCGCAGGUGGUGCUGCAGCAACAGCCUACGAAGCUAAUAAGCAUCACCACAACAACAACACCAAUACUACUACUGGACCUCAUUCUUCAAACCUUGAAAACAAGGUAGACCCAAGAGUUGAUAGUGAUCGCUCCAAGGAAGGGCAUCACUAUGGAAGAGAUGCCGCCCUCGCAGGUAGUGCUGCUGGAGCUGCUGGAACAGCUUAUGAAGUUAACAAGCAUCAUAACGCUCACGGUACCGAACACAAGCCCGUUGGGAAAGACAUUGGAGACAAACUCCAUGGCGUCGAGAGAAACCGUGGUGUCAAUGGACCCACCGGAUUUCCCCAUGAAAGCGGUCACACAAUUGCGCCUGGUCCAGUAGGAAGUGGUGUUCCAGGAGCUCCGCGCGGAAAUGUCCAAGAUCCCCACAACACCUACGGUCAUCACAAAUCGAGCAGCAUUGAUGCCCCAGUUCAUAAUUCCACAGGACCUGACCAUAUCUUCACUGCCCCUGUCAUGGAUGAUCCUGCGGAAAACUUAGCCCUCCGAGAAGGAAAGAUCGAUCAGCAUGAACACCGCCGCCGAGACUCCGAAAAUGGGCGUCCUCAUCCUGAAGAAAGCACCUUCGCUACUGAUGGUGGGUAUGAGCACGGCAAGGACAGAAAAUUAGAGCAUGAAAUUAACUCUGCUCCGUUGGGUAACACUGCCACUACACAUGGCUCUGGCUUGGGAGAGAACACCUAUAACACCUCUUCAGGUUCUGGUUUGAAUCAUGACAACUUAACCGGGCACAACGGUGCAUCCUCAGGUACUACUGGCUUAAAUCAUAGUUCUGGUUUGACUGGACACAACACCACCGGUGUUAACCAAGGUCCAUCAACCGGUACUACUGGUUUGAGCCAUGGCUCCGGCCUUACCGGGCACAACACCACUGGCCUUAACCAAGGUUCUGGUUUGACAGGACACCACACCACUGGUCUCAACCACGGUUCUGGGUUGACUGGAAACAACACCACUGGUCUUAACCAAGGCUCUGGUCUGACCGGACACCACACUACCGGCCUUAACCAAGAUUCUGGUUUGACUGGACACCACACUACUGGUCUUAACCACGGUUCUGGUUUGACUGGACACAACACAAAAUCUACCGGUAACACGGGUUUAGGCUAUGACUCUAGCUUUACUGGAAGCAACACCACAUCCACCGGUACUUCAGGUUUGGGUUAUGACUCUGGUCUUACUGGGCACAACACAACUACUGGGCACAACACAACCACUGGCCUCAACCAUGGCUCUAGCUUGACUAGGUCAUCAGGUGCCCAUGGUGUUUAUAGCGAUAACAGAUUGGGAGAGACUUCUGAAUUCGGAAACGCCAAUACCAACAAUCGGGUUUUGUAA